AUGGAGAAACCAAACCCUAGACGCCCAUCAAACACUGUUCUCCCAUACCAAACACCACGAUUGCGCGAUCACUACCUCCUCGGCAAAAAGCUAGGCCAAGGCCAAUUCGGCACAACCUACCUCUGCACCGAGAAAUCAACCUCCGCCAAUUACGCCUGCAAAUCAAUCCCCAAACGCAAACUCGUCUGCCGCGAGGAUUACGAGGACGUCUGGCGCGAGAUUCAGAUCAUGCACCACCUCUCCGAGCACCCCAACGUCGUCCGGAUCAAGGGCACUUACGAAGAUUCCGUCUUCGUCCACAUCGUCAUGGAGGUCUGCGAAGGAGGUGAGCUUUUUGAUCGGAUUGUCUCUAAAGGCCAUUUCAGCGAGCGUGAGGCCGUGAAGCUUAUCAAGACGAUUCUUGGUGUCGUCGAGGCUUGUCAUUCGCUUGGUGUCAUGCAUAGAGAUCUCAAACCUGAGAAUUUCUUGUUUGAUAGCCCUAAAGAAGACGCUAAGCUCAAAGCCACCGAUUUUGGUUUGUCCGUCUUCUACAAACCAGGACAAUAUCUAUACGACGUAGUGGGAAGUCCGUACUACGUGGCACCGGAGGUUCUAAAGAAAUGCUACGGACCUGAGAUCGACGUGUGGAGCGCCGGUGUGAUCCUCUACAUCUUACUCAGCGGUGUGCCUCCUUUCUGGGCGGAGACCGAGUCUGGUAUCUUUAGACAGAUAUUGCAAGGGAAGUUAGAUUUCAAAUCCGACCCCUGGCCUAGUAUCUCAGAAGCUGCUAAAGAUCUGAUCAACAAAAUGCUCGAGAGAAGCCCUAAAAAACGCAUCUCUGCUCAUGAAGCCUUGUGUCACCCAUGGAUUGUUGAUGAACAGGCGGCACCAGACAAGCCUCUCGAUCCAGCAGUCUUGUCAAGACUAAAGCAGUUCUCACAAAUGAACAAGAUCAAGAAAAUGGCCUUACGGGUGAUCGCUGAGAGACUCUCAGAGGAAGAGAUUGGAGGUUUGAAGGAACUGUUCAAGAUGAUAGACACGGACAACAGCGGCACGAUUACGUUCGAGGAGCUUAAAGCCGGUUUGAAGAGAGUCGGAUCCGAGCUGAUGGAAUCGGAGAUCAAGUCUCUUAUGGACGCGGCGGAUAUAGACAACAGUGGGACAAUAGACUAUGGAGAGUUUCUUGCAGCGACGUUACACAUGAACAAGAUGGAGAGAGAGGAGAAUCUGGUGGCUGCGUUUUCGUAUUUUGAUAAAGAUGGAAGUGGUUAUAUAACCAUUGAUGAGUUGCAGUCAGCUUGUACAGAGUUUGGUCUGUGUGAUACACCUCUUGAUGAUAUGAUCAAGGAGAUUGAUCUUGACAAUGAUGGGAAGAUUGAUUUUUCAGAGUUUACGGCGAUGAUGAGAAAAGGAGAUGGAGUUGUUGGGAGAAGCAGAACCAUGAUGAAGAACUUGAACUUCAAUAUUGCUGAUGCUUUUGGAGUUGAUGAUGCUCAACAGUCUAAUGACUAA